CCUUAUUUAUGCACACUGAUGUGAGUGGCUGGUGCCUAGUUGAUCUUUCUGUUACGGGAGCCAAUCAGCUUCUGCCAGAGAGCUAUAAAGCUGCCCUUGUAGAGGUUCAAGUACAGAGCCAUGCAUGCAUCCUCAGUGACUACUUCUGUCCCAUAAAGACUGGGCUACAUUACUUGAAGAGUUUGGUAAUGAUUCGAUUAACAGUUUUGCUCUUAACAGCAUUAGGCAGCACAUCAAAGGUAGACAUUUCCUGUCUAAAUGGAUUGAAGGUCAUUCAGGACGGGGAAAAUAUUCGUCUGAAUUGCUCUACUUCAUAUUCUUAUGUGUCAGCGAUUGCCUGGUUCAAACAGACUCCAGGAGAAAAUGCUCUUCUCAUUGCUUCUGCUCUUGGCUCUGCUCCACAAUAUCACAAUGAUUUUGACAAGAGUGGACGCUUUAUUGCAGCAAGAGGAGAAAGCAAUUUUACUCUGAGUAUCUCAAAUGCAGAACCAUCUGAUUCAGCCACAUAUUACUGUUCUGUUACAUUAUAUGCAAAAGUUGCAUUAUUAGGCUGCACAGUCUUAGUCCUCAAAGGUUCCUCUUCAAGUCUCUCUGCUGUUCUCCAGCCUCCUGUAUCAGACCCUGUUGAACUGGGAGGAGAUACAACUUUGCAGUGUUCAAUACUCACAGAUGCGUCUGCAGGAGAUCACAGUGUGUACUGGAUCAGACAUGGAUCAGGAGAAUCCCAUCCAGGAAUCAUUUACACUCAUGGAAACAGGAGUGAUGAGUGUGAGAAAAGAUCUGAGACUGAUUCUCCUACACAGAGCUGCGUCUACAAACUCCCCAAGAGAAACCUCAGCCUCUCUGAUGCUGGAACUUACUACUGUGCUGUGCUCAUGUGUGGAGAGAUCAUCUUUGGGAAUGGAACUAAACUGGACUUUGAAGAGAAAGAUGUGUUAGACCCAACUCUUCUGGUUUUAGCAGCGUCAAACAUCAUGUCCAUAGCUGUGGUUCUAUUUCUGUGCAGAAAGUUACACAAACACCAUCAUAAAGGUGCUGCUGAAGGUCGCACUAUAAACCAGGCUGAAGACACCGGCGUCUUGAACUAUGCAGCUCUAAGCUUUGCUCAGUCUUCCUCCUCAAGAAGAAGCAGAAUAAAGAACAGCAGUGAUCAGCCUGUGUACGCACAGGUAAAGACCCAUCAGUAGAAACAACAUCAGUGUUACAGUCAAACCUGGAAAUCUACUGUCAUCAUAACUACACUGUAAUCUGUGUUCAUUUCUCACAGAUUCAUGUAGAAAAUCAUUAUUACUGUAAAUUAUUCAUGUGUUCAUUUUUAAGUUUGUGAAUAAAGCAUUUUAUUUCAUCCA